AUGGCCAACAUUCUGCUGGCCUUCGAGUUCUAUAUGACGCCCUGCCUCUACGAAGCUCUGGUAGCCUCGCGUGACGAGGCGAUGUACCAGCAAAUGGCUUCGCAGGUGCGUUCCCGGCCCAACUGUCGACGGGUUGUCACUGUGGUGGGCGCCGCGCACGCCAAUGGCAUCUUGAAGCGUGCUCGGACUCGUGGCCUGUGA